GCAACUGGCCCAGCAGAAGAUGCUAACGCUGGAGAGCAGCGUCCAGUACCUGCAAAGGGCGGCCAUGAAGUACAGCCUGGGUUUGGCACGGUGACGGGGCCCUGGGAGGCAGGGGAGGACUGAGCAGGGUUGUGGAAUGAGGUUGGGCCAGAAGUUGGAGGAUGGGCAGGAUGUGCUGUCUGAAAGGCAGGGGCGCAGGUGGGGGAAGAGCAUGAGGAAAUGCUCCGAGGAAAGGGCGAGCCACACAGACUUGCUGCCCCUAGGGGAGGGGGAGAUGGGAGUGCGGAAUCGCCACCCCUUCCCCUGGGGAAUCCAAGCCUGGACCCCAGGCCCCGGGGCAGUGCACUGAUGAGGCGGUGGACCCCAUCUCCCAGAGCGGAGGAGUCGGACCCCACAGAGAGCCGGUCCCUGCAAGAACAGGUGGAGCGGCUGCACGGGCUGCUGGAGCGGGGACAGCGGCAUGUGGCCCGACAGGCCAGGGCCCAGGCCGAAGCGCGGGCGCGGCGGAGCUUCCUGCGGGAGAGUCAGCAUCUGCUGCUGUGGGCAGAAGGUGUCUGGGCUCAGCUGCGCAGCGAGGCAAAGGUGGUGGAUGUGGCCUCAGAUGUGGCCUCGGCCCAGCGGCUGCUGAUGGAGCACAGAGACCUGCUGGAGGAGAUCCAGCUGCAGCAGGAGAGGCUGCAGCAGCUGGAGGCCCAGGGCCAGGCCAUUUCUGCCUUGGACUCCCCAGACUCCCAAGAGGUGGCCCGUGCUCUGAGGCUCCUGAGCCAGCAAGGCCAGGGCCUGCAGGCCGCCUGGGAGCGGCGACGGCAGCAGCUGCAGGAGGGACUGGAGCUGCAGAGAUUUGGCAGAGACGUAGAUGGUUUUGCUGCUACCUGUGCCAGCCACGAGGCCUUCCUGCAGCAGGACAAGCUUGGGGACGAUGUAGGGGAGGCCCAGAGCCUGCUGCAGCAGCACCAGGAGUUUGGGUGGCUCCUGGGUGUCCUUGGCCUUCGAGCAGAGGCUCUGUGGGCACGUGGCGAGAAGCUGGCCCCGAGCCAACACCCUGCUGCGCACAAGGUCCGAGAGCGGCUGCAGAGCAUCCAGGUACAAUGGGCCAGGGUCCAGGAGAGGAGUGAGCAGAGGAGGAGGCAGCUGCUGGCUUCCCUCCAGCUCCAGAAAUGGAAGCAGGAUGUGGCGGAGCUGGUGCUGUGGAUAGAGGAGAAGGGGCUGAGGGCAGCGGAUGAGCCUUCCCGAGAGCCCAGCAACAUCCUGCAGCAGCUCAAGCGGCACGAAGCAGCUGAGCGCGAGCUGCUGGCCACCUAUGGGCACGUGGAGGGCCUGCAGCAGGUGGGGAGACAGCUGUUGAGCGACAGGCCCCGUGCCCGGGAAGACGUGCAGGCCAGCCUCCAGUGCCUGAGUAGCAAGUGGGAAGAGCUGAAGCACAAGCUGGCCGAGCAGGGGGACCGGCUCCGGCAGGCCAGACAGCUUCUGGGGCUGCUGCAGGCUGCCGAGGAGAAGAUGGAGCAGCUGGACGGGGCCCUGCAGAGCGCAGAAACCGGGCAGGACCUGGGCUCGAGCCGGGGGCUCCAGAAGCGGCACGGCCAACUGGGAAGCGAGAGCCAGGCCCUGGCCGGCAAGAUGGCUGCCCUUGUGUCCCAGGCCCGCCAGGGGCUCACUUCCCAGACCAUCGUGGAGCAGACCCAAAAGUGCCUACAGAGGUUCGAGUCCCUGCAGGGACAUCUGGCCGCCCGGCGCCUACAGCUGCAGGCCUCGGUGGAGCUGUAUCAGUUCUACCAACUGAGCAACGUGGAGCUCACUUGGGUGGCUGAGCACAUGCGCAGUGCCGGCUCCGCCCCAUGCGCCAGCGGUGCCCAGAGCCUUCGCCGCAAGCACGAGGAGCUCCGGGCGGAGGUGAAAGCCCACCAGGGACAGGUGCAGCAGGUUCUGGGCUCCGGACGGAGCCUUGCAGCCUCGGGGCACCCCCAAGCCCCCCGCAUCCUGGAGCAGUGCCAGAAGCUGGAGGACCGCUGGGCAGAGCUGGAGCGGACGUGUGAGGCGCAGGCCCAGUGCCUGCAGCAGGCUGUCGCUCUCCAGCAGUGUUUGCUGGCUGCGUCGGAGCUGGAGGACUGGGUGAAGGAGAAGCAGCCCCUGGUGAGCAGUCAGGACUGUGGUGAAGACGAGGCAGCAACCAUCAGGCUCAUUGGGAAGCACCAGGCCCUGCAGCAGGAACUGGCUCUCUACUGGAGCUCCCUGGAGAAGCUUGACCAGAGGGCGCAAAAGCUCGCUGGCCCCGGGGCCGCUGAGCCGCUGGCCGUGGUCCGGGAGAGGCUCCGGGAGCAGCUGCAAGCACUGCGGGAGUGGGCAGCCACAUGGGGCCGGGAGCUGGAGGGGACUCUGAAGCUGCAUGAGUUCAUGGGGGAGGCUGAGGAGCUGCAGAGCUGGCUGGCUAGCCAGAAGCUGGCGGCCGGGCCAGUGGAGAGCCUCGGAGAAGACCAUGCGCACAUCCUGCACCUCCGCACCAAGUUUGCAAGGUUCCAGCACCAGGUGGAGCUGGGCGGCCGGUGGGUGGCAGCCUGCCUGCCGCUGGUAGAGAGCCUGCUGGAGUUCGGGCACAAGGCCGCCCCCGAUGCCCGGCAGAGGCAACAGGACCUGCAGGCUGCCUGGUCGGAGCUGUGGGAGCUGACCCAGGCCCAAGGCCACCUGCUCCAAGACGCCGAGGUCACCCUCAGAGUACACAGAGAUCUGUUGGAAGCCCUCAUGCAGGUCCAGGAGAAAGCCACAGGCCUCCCCAGUGAGGUGGCCCCAGACCUGCGUGGACUGGAGGCCCAGCUGAGGAGACACGAAGAGCUGGAGCAUGAGCUCGUGGGCACUGGGCGGCAGCUGCAGGAACUGCUAGAGGCCGCGAGCGCAGCACAGAAGCUGGGGCCGGGGCCCCAGGCCCACGCCGUGCGGCAGAGGCAGCAGACUCUGGUGCGGGCCUGGGAGGCCCUGAAGCUACGCUCAGCACAGCGCAGGACCCAGCUGGAGCGGGCGUGCCUCCUGGCCCGUUUCCACCGAGCGGUGCAGGACUACACCUCCUGGGUGGCCGCCGUGUGGCAGGAGCUGCAGGAAGAGGAGAACUCCCAGGAGCCCAGCAGUGGCCUUCUAACGCUGCUCAGCGCCCACCGGCAGCUUCGGGCAGAGCUGGAGGCCCGGGAGGAGCUGCACCAGAGGGCCUCCCAGCUGGGCCAGCAGGCGCUUCUGGCUGUAGGGACACCCAGCAAGGAGGUCCAGGAAGGGCUGCGAGCCCUACAGGAUGAGCGGGAGCAGGUGUUCCAGGCCUGGGAGCAGAAGGAAGAGAAGCUGCAGGCCAUGCACCGGGAGCAGCUCUUCCUCAGAAAGUGUGGCCACCUGGACCAGAUCCUCACAGCCCAGGAGGUCUCCCUGAAAACCAGUGCCCUGGGGAACUCAGUGGAAGAGGUAGAGCACUUGAUCCGCAAACACAGGAUUUUCCAGAAAGUUCUGACUGCCCAAGAUGAGAAGGAGGCAGCUCUGUGUGAGCAGGCGAAGACACUUGGGGGCCCCAACGUGCAGGAUCGGCUCCGCACAGUGCUAGAGCAUCGGGCUCGAGUGAAGGAGCUGGCAGAGAGCCGGGGACAAGCCUUGCAUGCCUUUCUGCUGCUGACUGGCUUCACCAGGGCCGUGACCCAGGCCCAGGACUGGAUCGAGGAGCGAGUCCAGCAGCUGAAAGAGCCAAUCCCUCCUGGGGACCUGAAAGAUAAGUUGAGGCUCUUGGGAAAACACCAGGCCUUCGAGGCUGAGGUCCAGGCCCACGAGAAGUUCAUAACCUCUGUCACCAAGGACGGCGAGGCUCUCCUGGCCCAGAGCCACCCUCGGGCAGGAGAGGUCUCCCGGAAGCUGCUGGUGCUGCAGGAACACUGGCGGAAGCUGAGACAGGCGGUGGCUCUCCGGGGCCAGGACCUGGAGGACAGAUGGAACUUCCUGGAGUUUCUGCGGAGAGCUGACUUUGCAGAGGCCUGGAUCCAGGAGACGGAGGCGAUGGUGAACCUGGGCGACCUGGGCCAGGACCUUGAGCACUGUCUGCAGCUCCGCAGGCGGCUCCGCAAGCUCCCAGGAGUCUGGGCCCGGGUAAGGGGGCCCUGUGGGGGAGAGGACACAGUGAAUGACACCCACAUCAGGAGCGUCAAUGACUUGUCCCUGAAGCUCGAGAACCUGGACCCUGAGCAAGUCAGGACCAUCCACCAGCGGCGACAGCAGCUGAAUAGCAGAUGGGAGAGUUUCCAUGGCAACCUACUCUGGUACCAGCUGCAGCUGGAAGGGGCCCUGGAGAUACAUACGUUGUCCCGAGAGCUGGAUGACCUCGCGGAGCAGAUAGGGGAGAAGGCCGCCCUGGUCCAGGCCCCGGACUAUGGGAAAGAUCUGGAGAGCGUGCAGAGGCUGAUCUGGAAACACAAGGAGUUGGAGCAAGAAAUGGGCCUCCUCCAGGCCCGGGCGGAGUCCCUAGAGCGGGCAGUGGGCCGCGUCUGCCAGAGAAGCCCUGGGACAGCCCACAGCCUCAGCCGCAAGCAGCGGGCGGUGAUGGACAGUUGGUGGCGGCUCUGGAGGGGGGCCCAGAAGCGCGGGGAGUCACUGGAUGCCUUACACGAAGCUCAGAAACUGCAGGCCAAGCUGCGGCACUUGGCGGUCUGGGCCCGGGGGCUGCGGGCGGAGAUGGAGGGCCGAAGCACCCCGCGCAGCCCGGCCGAGGCCCGGCGCAGGCUGGAGGAGCACCAGGAGCUCAAGGCCGAACUGGACUCCCGGACAGACAGCAUCAGCCUGGCCCGAAGCACUGGGCAGCGACUGCUUGCAGCCGGCCGCCCAUCUACCCCCGACCUCCGCCAGGCCCUGGCUGAUCUAGACCAGGAGCUGAGCAGCCUGGAGGGGGCUUGGCAGGAGCACCGGCUCCAGCUGCAGCAGGCCUUGGAGCUCCAGCUGGUUCUGAGUUCUAUGGAGCAGAUGGAAAGUUGGCUCUGCAGCCAGGAGGCCUGCCCCGCUAGCGGGGGUCCGGGGGACUCUUUGGCCGCCGUGGAGACCCUCCUGCAGAAGCACAAGGUGCUGGAGCGGGGCCUGGAGGCUCAGGCUGGAAAGAUCAGUGCGCUGGAGGCCGCGGCCCGCAGCCUGCACCAGGGUGGGCACCCCGAGGCCCAGGGUGCCCUGGGCCGGUGCCAGGCCAUGCUCCUGAGGAAAGAGGCCCUGGUAGAGCGAGCCAGCACCCGUCGCCGCCAGCUAGAGGAGCUCCGGCAGCUGCAGACUUUCCUGCAGGAUUCCUCUGAGGUGGCCACGUGGCUGAGGGAGAAGAAGUCGGUGGCCCUGGAAGAGGGCUGGAGGGACCCCGCUGUGCUGCAGGCCCACUUGUGGAAGCAGCAGAGUCUCCAGGCCGAGCUAGACGCAAGUGUCCACCACCAACAAAGGCUGCAGAUGGAGGGGCAGAGGCUGCUGCAGGAGGGCCACCCGGCCUCAGAGAGCAUCCGGGAGCGGCUGCGGGAGCUGGGAGAGCUCUGGGACGAGCUGUGGGCCAAGAGCCGGAGGGAGGCAGCCGCUCUGCAAGAGGCUUGCAAGGCCCUGCAUCUCCGGCAGAGCGUGGAGGAACUAGAGAGCUGGCUGGAGCCUGUGGAAGUCGAGCUGAGCGCCCCCAUCGGGGACCCGGACCAGUCUGGGCUGGACGGGCUCCUGGGGGCACUGGGGGAGCUGGAGGCCGCCAUGGACGGGCAGGCCAGGCGGGCAUGGUGGCUGCUGGACCAGGCCCGGGUCCUUACAGGGGAAGGCCGCUGCCUCGCCCAAGACGUGGAAGACCAGGCCCAGCAGCUGCUUCGGAGGUUUGAGAGCCUGCAGGAGUCCCUGCAGGAGCGCAGAGCUGCCCUGGAGGCCCGGAACCUGCUCUUGCAGUUCUUCAGGGAUGUUGACGAAGAGAUGGCGUGGGUGCAGGAGAAGCUGCCUCUGGCUACCGCCCAGGACUGCGGGCAGAGCCUGAGCACCGUGCGACACCUGCAAGAGAAGCACCAGAACCUGGAGAGCGAGCUGAGUAGCCACGAGGCUCUGACCCAGGCCGUGGUGGCCACGGGACACAAGCUGGCGCAGGCCGGGCACUUGGCAGGUGGCGCCGUGGCCGCCCGGGUGCAGCAGCUGGAGAGCGCCAUGGGCUGCCUGCGGGCAGAGGCCACGCGGAGGCGGCUGCAGCUACAGCAGGCUCAGGAGGCCCAGCAGUUCCUGACGGAGCUCCUGGAGGCAGAGUCCUGGCUGGAAGAACGGGGCUGUGCCCUGGACGUCAAGGAUGUGGGCCAGAGUGCCGAGGCCACACGCGCCUUUCUGCGGCGGCUGGAGGCCACCAGGAGAGACCUAGAGGCAUUCAGCAUGCGAAUUGAGAGGCUGCAGCAGACCGCGGCCCUCCUGGAGAGCAGGCAGAACCCAGAAAGGGCGCUGGGCCGGAUGCGGGCGCUGAGGGAGGCCCAUUCAGGGCUGCUGCAGAGGGCGGAAGGCAGGGGGCAAGGCCUGCGGGAACAGCUGCAGUGCCACCAGUUGGAACGGGAGGCCCUGCUCCUCGAAACCUGGCUGGCCAGCAGGGUGGCCACGGCUGAGUCCCAGGACCUCGGGCGGGACCUGGAGGCCGUCAAGGUGCUGGAAGAGAAGUUUGAUGCUUUCAGAAAGGAAGUUCAGAGCCUGGGGCAGGCCAAGGUGCAGGCCCUGAGGGAGCUGGCGGCCUCCCUGGAACGGACGGCCCCCAGGUGCUCUCCCCGGAUUCAGGCGCAGAGGAGUCGCAUCGAGGCCGCUUGGGAGAGGCUGGACGGGGCAAUAAAAGCCCGCAGCCAGAGCCUGGCCACAGCCCGGGAGGUCCGUGGCUUUGAGCAGGCAGUGACCGAGCUCCAGGGCUGGAUGCAGGAGAAGGCCACCCCGAUGGUGAGAGACAUCUGUGACCACAGCUCGUCCUCAGUGCAGACCUUGCAGCGACAGCACAGGUGCCUGGAGCGGGACCUGGCAGCUGUGGAGAAGGAGGUGGCCCGGGUGCGGCUGGAGGCCUGCCGACUGGGCCGGCUACACCCCGUGGCCCGGGAGGGCCUGUGCCAGCAGCUGGCCAGGGUGGAGGAGGCCUGGGCCACCCUGAGUGAGAAGGCCCGGGAGCGGGGCUGGCAGCUGGAGCACGUGGCCCGGGGCCAGGCCUUCCUCGGCCGCUGUCAAGAACUGCUAGCAUGGGCUCAGGAGAAGCAAGCUCUGGUUUCUUCCGGGGAGCUGGCCGGGGACGUGGUGGGGGCCGAGCGACUCCUGGUGCAGCACGCGGAGCUGGAGCAAGAAAUCAGGGAGCACUGCCUUCGAGCGCAGGACUUACGGCGGGAAGGGCAGCAGUUGGUAGACAGCGGCCACUUCAUGUCCCCGGAGGUGACAGGGUGUCUGCAGGAGCUAGAAGGGCGGCUGCAGGCACUCACAGAGGCCUGCGCCCUACGCCAGGAGCGCUGCAAGGAGAACUGGGGCCUGCAGCAGCUGCAGCAGGAGCUGGACCGGGCCGAGGCCUGGCUGGCCUCCCGGGAGGCUCUACUGCUCGACCCCAGCUGUGGGCACACUGCGUCCGAUGUGGAGUUGCUGCUCUGCAGACACCAGGACUUUGAGAAGUUGCUGGCAGCCCAGGAAGAGAAGUUUGCCCAACUGCAGAGGAAGGCAGGGGUGGAACAGAAGCUGCCACAGCAGGGGCCAGGGCUGAACCCCAGGAGUGCUGGCCAUGUACUCAUCGCCCUCCAGCAGAGGCCCCUUGGAAGCUGGGGGCCCGGAGUACAGCUGGCUGAGACAAGGGACCCGCAGCCAGGUGUCCCCGUCGGGCUGCACAUACCCCCUGCCACCAUUGUCUCUCUGGAGCCUGCAGCCCGGCAGCAGGAGCCCAGUGGGGCCGGGGCCGUGGGGCCCUGCUCGAGCCCCUGGGAUGGCUGCCACGGGACCCUGGGGAGCAGCUCCCUGAGCCUCUCCUGGGACAAGAGGAGGGCAGCAGAGGAUAUGGCCCCAGUGGCCACCCUUGACCUCGGAGGAGCCCAGUGUGAGAGGCCGGGGAACCAGCAUGGCAGGAAACAUGCUUUCUCCUUAAGGCUGAGCGGCGGGGUGGAGACCCUGCGUGCGGCACCUUCGGAAGGGCAGGCUGAGAGCUGGCAUCGAGCCCUGAGCAGCGCGACUGUUCUAGAGACUGGGAAGUCCAUCAAGGCGCCACCAGAUUGGGGGCCUGCCCACAGUCUGAGCCUGGAGCUCCCGGCCAGACCCGUGGGCUUCCCAGCUGCACACGCUGCUGAGAGAGUGCCCAGCACCGCCGGCCCGCUCAGAGUCCAUGGCUGUCCCCCGACUUCCUCACUGAGGGAGACGCCCGUGAGUGCCGACGGCCAGCCACAACCCUUGGGGUUCCUACAGGCUGCGGGCCCUGCCCCAGCACCUGCCCACGGCUCCCACUGCCUUUCCUGCCCCAGCCAGGCCCAAGGUCUGGGCCCUGAAGCAAACCCUGAGGUGGCAGCAAACCUCAGGGCUACAAACAAGGACAACCUCUAGAGGACCAGCAUGGGACUCUGCUACCAGGACCAAAGUCUGGAAUGGACGGUUCCUUGUUAAGAGGCAGCCCUCGCCAAGAUCACAGCUUGCUGUCGUAGGCCAUGCGCGCUUGUCCCCAUGGCUCCUCUGAUCGCAGGUGUGGCCACCCCUACUGUGGGAUAGGAAGCAGCCGGGG